CCUCCCCCCUCUGUUACUUUGUGUUCCCACAGGUGCACCAGGAAGGAGAACUGCGAGCGCUCGGCCGAGCCCCGGAGGUUCGCCUGGGACAUCAAGCAGUGCGUCCGCCUCAGCGUCCACCCCAGCAACAUCUCCGUGUCCCAGUUCAGCGUCACGCUGAUCCUGGAGGCCCAUAACGUCCCAGAGUUGUCUGCAGGGGUCAACUGUACCUUUGAGGACCUGGCUGAGAUGGACGGUCUGGUGGAGGGGAACCGCAUCAGGUGCAGCUCGCCUGCCGAGAAGGAGGUGCCUCGCAUUAUCGUAGACAAAGCUGAUCACCAGAUAGUUCAGCUCUACCUCAAGUCCAAGGAGACAGGCCUGGUCUUCGCCAACACCAGCUUUGUCUUCUACAACUGCAGCGUCCACAAGUCGUGUUUGUCAUGUGUGAGAAGCCCCUACCAGUGCCACUGGUGUAAAUACAGACAUGACUGCACCCACGACCCACGCACCUGCUCCUUCCAGGAGGGACGCGUCAAGAAGCCAGAGGAGUGUCCCCAGCUGCUGCCCACUGAGCGCAUCCUGGUGCCGGUCAACGUGGUGAAGCCCAUCACCCUGCGGGCCAAGAACCUUCCCCAGCCACAGUCAGGACAGCGGGGCUAUGAGUGUCUGCUCACCAUCCAGGGUGUGGAGCAGCGGGUGCCCGCACUCCGCUUCAACAGCAGCUGUGUUCAGUGCCAGAACACCUCGUACUCAUAUGAUGGGAUGGAGAUGAGCAGCCUCCCUGUGGACCUGAUGGUCAUCUGGAAUGGAGACUUCAGCAUCGACAACCCUGCCGAAAAUAAAGUUCACCUGUACAAGUGUGAUGCCCAGAGGGGUAGCUGUGGCCUGUGUCUGAAGGCAGACCCCCUGUUUGGCUGUGUGUGGUGUAAAGGGGAGAACCGCUGCACCCUCAAGCAGCACUGUCCCCACCCUGAGAGCCAGUGGCUGGAGCGCAAUGGACUCAACAGCAAGUGUACCCACCCACGCAUCACCCAGGGUUCGCCCUGUGUGUGGUAUAAACACUCCUGA